AAGUAGAGUUGUGUUUCUUUCAGUACUCGAGGCACAAGCGAGAGACUUUGCAGCGACCAAUCAAAUGAGUUCCGGGGAGCGCGGGUCGUGGUAAUCCCUGCCCUGCGCUCGGGUUUCUAAACUCGCUCCAGGAAGAUCUUGUCUUGACCCGAGCUCUACAAAGCGGAGAGGAAGCAGGACCUGACGCAAGCUCCAGGCAUCUUUUCUUUGAACUGUUUUGUGGCCGAGGGCAACGACUGUUUACGACCCACUCUCCCCUUAGAAACAGCUGUUGCCAUGUAAUCAGGGAAACAUCGGACGCAAGCAAGUUUGCUGGUUGGUGUCUUGGACUCUUCCAAACCUUACCUGUGUUUUCCAGAAAGUCCCACAAUGCUCUGCACACCAGCACCCCAAGAGAGUGUCUUCAAUAUCCGUCCAUGCACUAAGCUCAAGCUGCUGACACGGCAGCUCAUCAGCCGGCACCGAUGGGACUCCACAGCGUGUUCACCGACAACAGGUGGUGGCUGAGGUGAGGCGAGGCGUGUGAAACUAUGUGGCUUCUCUGCUCCUGCCUGGCUCUGCUGGCCCUCAGCUUCAGAUCAUGUGACACGCUGGCAUCAGAACAAGAUGUACAGUGCCCAUCCUUACAAGUGGAUGAAUGGAAGUUUCCUCAUUCAUCCGGGGACAACAUCACAGGUUUCAAUUUGAUUAGGCGGUUCUCCCUACUCAAGAAUCCAGACGUCAAAAAGAUCCGCAACCCUCGCGGACCCAUCAUCCUCCGCCUGGGCAAGACCCCCCUCCUACGCCCUACUGACGAGAUCUUUCCUGAUGGUCUUCCUGAGGAGUUCACGCUCAUAUUCACCUUGGCGUUAAAGAAAGCUGCCCUGAGGGACACCACCUACCUAAUUCAGAUAUCUGAUGACCAGGGAUACCCACAGCUCUCUGUAGACCUAAAUGGCCCAGAAGGCACCCUGUCAUUGAGAGCCAGAGGGGAAGACCCUGCAGCUGACCCGCUGAGCUGCGUUUUCACCAACGAGGGCGUGGAGUCUCUGAUGGAUCUACGCUGGCACAAGGUGGCCCUCAGUGUGCAGCGAGAAUCUGCCUCCCUUCACGUGGAUUGCAGCUCCACCGAGACGAAAGCCCUGGAGCCUCGCAGGAGAUUGAGCACCGAUGGACAUACUCUUCUGGGAAUUAGAGCUUCAGACGCCGGGCCUGCACUGAUGGACAUUCAGCAGGUGAUGCUGUAUUGCGAUCCAUCCCUGGCCAGUCUGGAAGCCUGCUGUGAGAUACCAGGAGCUCGGUGUCCACCAGAUGCCUCCAAGAGCCGACGGGCUGCAGAGAAUGACUUGUCGGAAAACUCUUUUAACCAGGAAUUCUUCUCAUCCAAGGAUCUGGCUGAAAAAGUCUUAACUCUUGCAAGAGUUUCUGGGCUCAAAGGAGAAAAAGGCGACCGGGGUGAUGGCUGUUCUGGCACGGAUUCAGGCCCAUGUACGGAAGGACCCAAGGGCCAGAAGGGAGAGAGAGGAGAGACGGUGCUGCCUGCCAACUGGGGCGAAGCAGCUCACUUUCAGGGAGUAAAAGGCCAGAAGGGAGAGAUCGGGCCGCAGGGCCUUACAGGCACUCCAGGGUUGAACGGUCGAGCAGGCACCAUCUGCGUAGUCGGCCCCAAGGGACAGAAGGGCGUCUCCGGUUUAGUGGGUCCUGAAGGCUUGGCUGGGGAGCCAGGGAUGCCCGGACGUCCUGGCCUACCCGGGAUUGGAAAGCCAGGUCCACCAGGCCUUCCUGGUGAGCCUGGGGGUGCAAAAGGAGACAAGGGGGACAUUGGACCUGCAGGAGAUGGAUUUCCCGGAGAUCCAGGACCGAGAGGACCAGCAGGGCCGAAAGGAGCAAAGGGUGACCCAUGCGAAGUGUGCCCCUCGCUGCCAGCUGAUAUCGGCAACAACGUAGCUCUGCAGGGUAUGCUGGGCCAGAAAGGAGAGCCCGGGUUACCAGGCAUUGGAGAUAGAGGACCACCUGGACUUAGAGGCACGGAUGGCAAGGCCGGACAGAAGGGACAACCUGGAUCAGAUGGCACGAAAGGCGAAAAGGGUGACUCCUGCUCUGCGUGCCCCACCCUGGGAGAGUUACCCCCAAACCUGGUCCCAGGUGUCCUGAGUCAAACCCUACAGGUGAAGGGUCAAAAAGGAGAAGCCGGCUUUGGAGUUAAAGGAGAGCAGGGAGAGGCAGGAAAUGUAGGACCACCUGGCCCAAGUGGGGAGAAGGGUAAUGCAGGGCGAAGAGGAGCUGAUGGUAAACUGGGGAAACUUGGGCCGAGAGGAUCUGCUGGAAAGAAAGGAGAGACAGGCGAAAAGGGAGAGACAGGACUUCCUGGUCUCAGUCUUCCUGGCCAAAAAGGAGAACGAGGCGAGUGUGGUGUGUGCCAACCAUACGAGGUUGGCAGCGGACCGGCCAGCAUUAAAAUACCCGAGGGCUCCCGAGGCAACCCGGGCGAGCCAGGCCCUCCGGGUUCCCCUGGACCUCCCGGGCUCGGGGCGGAUGGCAUACAGGGCCUCCCAGGUUUUGAUGGAGAGAAAGGAGAUAAGGGUGACCAAGGAGACCAAGGAGAUAAGGGCGUUAAUGGCGCUCCUGGAGUCCCAGGACUGCCUGGAGAGUCUGGAAGAGAUGGACCAAUAGGCUUAAAGGGAGAGAAGGGCGAUGCUUGUACCAGCUGUUCGUCUCUGGGCACUGCAGCGGGUGACGGUCUAGCUGUGCCCGGGCCAAAGGGGGAGAGAGGAGAGCCCGGCCCCCAAGGACAAGGGAAGGCAGGCAGAAAUGGUAAACCAGGAUUACCAGGUCCACAGGGGCCUCCUGGUAUCAAAGGGAGCAAGGGAGAAUCUGGACCUGCAGGUGUUGGCCUUCCUGGUCUUCAAGGUGUUGAGGGACCAAGAGGACUUCCGGGUCUUGUUGGACCUUCUGGUUCAAUAGGAUUACCAGGCCCUGCUGGUCCACCCGGGGAACAGGGCACGAGCGGGGCCGUGGGACCUCCAGGGCCGCAGGGGCCAAUGGGCAUCGGCAUAACCGGGCCCCCAGGUAGAGACGGAGCCCCCGGCUCUCAUGGGUUGCCAGGAGCUGAUGGAAGACAUGGAGUUGAUGGACCUAAGGGGGACAAGGGCGACGCUGGAGAGUGCAACUGCAUAAUGCCAAUGCACACAGGCGUAGGUGGACCAGGAGCUCCAGGAGCUGUAAUAAGCCCAUGGCAGCCUGGGCCUCAGGGACCUGCAGGACCUCCAGGCCCCCCUGGUCCACCAGGUCCUCAAGGUUUCGAUGGAGAGCAAGGGCCACAGGGUGUCGCUGGAAACGAUGGGAAACCGGGUUUGCCAAGAUUCAAAGCUGACCUGCAGAUGCUGCCUCAGGAUGCCUCUGAAGAAGAUAAGACAUGUGUCGGGGACUGUUCUCAAGGGAUGCCAGGGGUUCCAGGUACGGCAGGAGCCAAAGGAGAAAAGGGAGACCAGGGCAAGCCUGGUGUCACCCCCGUGGAAAACUGUGACAGUUGUGCGGAAAAACUGCAGGCAACACAAGCAAGGGAUGACUGUAGCUGCACGGGACAACCUGGAGUUCCGGGAGUACCUGGAUCCCAGGGAACACGUGGGGAGCCUGGCAUACCAGGAGAGAGAGGACAUGCUGGAGUUCCAGGAAUCAUGGGACCACCAGGUUUCCAAGGACCCCAAGGCCCACCCGGUUCAUCUGGUCAGCCAGGUGAGCAAGGGCCAUCAGGACCAGCUGGACUCAAGGGUGAACAGGGCCCUUCAGGGACUCCUGGGUAUCCAGGUUCCAUGGGGCCUCCUGGAAUGCCUGGAUUGAAGGCUGAGCGUGGGAGCCCAGGAGCCGCCGGUGAGAAAGGAGAAGCGGGUCCUGCUGGUCUCCCCGGGUACCAAGGACAGGCGGGCGCAGCAGGAGGUAAAGGAGACACUGGACCAGCAGGACCUGAUGGACCAAAGGGAGAUCAGGGCUUUCAAGGACAACCAGGAUUCCCAGGACCACCGGGUGCACCAGGUCUCGCUGGCAAACCAGGACGGGAAGGACUCCCAGGGCUCAAGGGUGAAAAGGGCAAUGGUGGUAGCCAAGGUUCUCAAGGACCAACAGGACCUUCAGGCUCGCCGGGCUCCCCAGGACUGAUGGGUCCUCCCGGUAUAGAAGGAAUAGAUGGCAAAGACGGAAAGCCAGGACUUCGGGGAGAGGCGGGUCCCCCAGGUCCUGUGGGUCCACGAGGAAUCCCAGGAUUUAAAGGCAAAACGGGCCACACCGGCUUCCCAGGACAGAAGGGCGAUGUCGGACCUUCAGGCCCACCUGGAUCACCUGGUAGACCAGGACAUGAGGGGGAUACCGGAACACCAGGAGCCCUGGGACGACCCGGACCAUCUGGCCACGUCGGUUCACCGGGUCCAGCCGGACCCCCAGGACCUCCUGGUCCGUCGGGAGUGGGUGUAAAGGGAGACAAAGGUCAGGCAGGAGAGAGAGGUCUGCCAGGAAUGUCUGGUGCCCCAGGCACACCUGGUCACCCAGGACUUAUGGGGGAGCCAGGCAAUGACGGUUCUCCUGGUAAAGAUGGGUUGGUAGGCCUGCCAGGGGGGAACGGGCAGACAGGCCAAAAGGGUGAGGCAGGGGCUACGGGUCAAAGAGGACCAGCAGGGGAGAGAGGCAGACCGGGGCCCCCUGGUGGAGGUUUAGGAUAUCACUCCAAGGACGCACAACCCAUGAUCGGCCCGGUCGGACCCAGAGGCGAGAGAGGAAGCCCUGGCUCAGACGGUCAACCCGGACCACCUGGCUCUCCCGGGAUGCCAGGAAAUGAAGCCGUGGUCAAUUAUGACGAAGUCAAGAAUUUCAUCCGUCAGCAGGUCAUCAAAAUAUUUGAUGAGAGAAUGGCCUACUACAUGUCUCGCAUGCAGACGCCUGUAGAAAUGGUGGCAUCUCCCGGUCGGCCCGGACCUCCAGGGAAAGACGGCACUCCGGGUAAUCCCGGAGCGCCCGGCGCACCUGGAAUCCCCGGGCAUAUCGGUCGUCAAGGACGGUCCGGACCCCAAGGACCAGCUGGGUCGAGAGGACCGGCGGGGCCUAAGGGAGAUAAAGGGAUGGGGGAGAUGGGAGACACGGGACCACCAGGAGCACCAGGUGUCCCGGGUCCCCCAGGCUACGGUAAAAUGGGACCGCCGGGUUCGGUGGGCCAGCAGGGAGUCCCCGGAAUCCCAGGCCCGCCCGGACAGGCCGGCUCCAAGGGACACGACGGCCGCUGUAACCCUUCGGACUGCAUGAGCCGCCAAGUAGAAUACAACCAGAAGGGCCCGUCUGUCAAGGGCCCCUGGUAGAUGAGAGGCAGGCAAGGAGCAGAGGUAGGGGGGACUAAAGAGGGUGGCGAGCUAAAGACACAAAGGGCCUGAUCUACUAAAAUAACGGAUUAUGAGUGAUCUACUAAGACUGCGUGCAAAAGUGGUGCAGACCGUCACAUUUAAAUGUGGAUUUACUGUUUUGUUAUGUUGUGAAACAUGCAGCACACAUAUUCUGCAACACUUUUCUGCGAUAUGGAAGCGGGUGGGAGGCGUGGCUCGGUUGGUGGAACGGCCGUGGCAGCAACCUGAGGAGUUCCCAGUUCGAUCCCCGGCUUGUGCCCUUGAGCGAGACACUUCACCCUUGCUCCUGAUCAUGGUUAGGGCCAUUUUAGCUUCAUUCAAGUACAUAUUUGAAAACCCUUCUACAGGGACGGUUCAGUAAGUAUGAAUUGUUUUAGUUAUAUUGUAAAACUUACAAACAUGGCUUGGACUGAUUAAUGAAGAAUCCAUACACCACCAGUGUGUGAAUGGGUGAAUGUGGAAAUAGUGUCAAAGGUAGAAAAGCGCUACACAAGUAUAACCCAUUUGACCAUGUUUUAGCACGCCGUAGGUACGCUCACCAUUACAGCACCGACAAUACUGUCAAUGCUGUAAUGAUCCAGUUGCAAGAAAAUGUAUGCCUCAACAAGUUUCUAAGAAUAAUUUAUCUCCAAAAGGAAUGUCUGAACAUGCUUGACCUCAAAGACGAUCCUAUCCAAAAUGUUUUAGAGCAAAAAGUAAACAAAAUAACAUUUUAAUAAAGUUAUCUCACUAAAUAUAUAAUUUACGAGUAAUGUUGUAAUGUUACAUGUGUGGUAUUGAAUGUUGCAUACAUUCUUCUUAGCCAAAUAAAGUGUUUAGUGCACAAUAAGUCAACAACAUCAAAAACUAUUGGCUUCCAUUUAAAUCGCCCUCAAAGCCUUCCUGUAUCUAAUACAUAUUCCUUAAGUUGGUAAACAAUAACAAAAAGCACCCACAACUUAUUUUGUUGAAUAAUAAGUACCAAAUAAAGAGAAUAUCGAUCUAAUUGCAUUUUGUACUGUUCAUAUACUGAUGCCAUACUAGGUAUCGAUGGUAUCAGUCUGGAUAAAUCACACUGCGAGCGCUAAAUGAUUGUAUUUGCAUCUAGUAUUGUGGGUGUUGUCAUAAUCAGCAUACAUUCGGCAGGUCAAAUGCUAUUUUGCUCACUUAAGAGACACAAUCCUCUGCACACGAGCAUCAAGUUUGCACGUUCAAAUAAAAAGCUUUAGUAGAUCAGGCCCAAAUUUCCUUUGUUGUUUAAAAACACUUUUAUUUUAGCGUCCCUCACCUCACGCCUCCACGCCCCGCACAUCAGAAGUAUAUUUUUUAUUGCAUCAUUCUUUUUUUCCCCUUCUAUAAAUUCCAUUUCCAUGCUUUGUUGUUCUGCUCCCGCACCCCACUCCUGUCUCCUGGAGGUGAAAUGGCGCACAAUGUUUUCAUUUUUCAAUUGUCUUUAUCAAGUUAAGGAAGCAGAAAGUCCCUUCAGCACUUUGUUGGCCUGUCUGAGAUCUUUCACUUCCUCUUUCCUCUCAAAACACCCCAAUGCAUCUACAAUAACGCAGUGCUUAUAAGUGAUUUGUAUAUAUUUGUAUUUAUAUAUAGCAGCGUUUUACAUAUUGUUUUUACUAUCCACUCAGAAAGAUUCAUGCUAAGAGGAAAGCUGAAUUAAGUUUUGUAACUUUUUUUGGACAUACUUUAAGCAGGCGCUGAAAUUAAAGCCUUUAAAUUCACACCAAAUGAUCCCCAUUGUUGCCUUAAUGAACUCUUAUGUUAUCAGAAACUACUUUUAAAGGGGCUGUAAAAUGUUACUCUUUUCCAUAAACUCACCAUACUUCUGUGUAUAUGUUGUUUAAGGUCAUUGCUGUGCAACCCGCCAUGUUUCUGCCAUAUGUUGUUAUAUGAGGGAAAGAAAGAACUUUGAAUGCAAAUGUUUGUGGGUUUUUAUUGCAACAUGCAUCACGUGUGGUGUGCACGCUUUAACCUCUUAAGGCCCAAGCUGUUUGUUUACAGGCUUUUUUUUAUUUCUCUGUGCUAUUUGUGCUUAU